GUUAAUUUGAACCAAUCGGUGAUCCAACCGGUGACAGCGGAAUGCAACACUCGCACGGCAUCAACAUACAGUGUGCUGCGAAAGAACCCUAAAUAUUCAAUUUUGUGGGUUCCAGAGAAAAGUAUCUCCAGAAACAAGAGGAUUAAUAAGGACAUGGAUACAUCAAAAUCUGAACAAUGGUACAAAAUGAAAAUAGAAGAAUUAGAAAAAAAGCUAGAUAGUAGAAAUUUGAAGAUUGACAGUUUAGCUAAAGAACUAAAACUUCGUUCUGAUGAAUUGUCUCGACAAAUAGAAAAGCAUCAGAUUGUUUGCGAGGCUCGAGAUGAGAGUAAAUUUAGAGUUGUUCAAUUAGAGAAGGAUGUGGCUGUACUGAGAAAAGAGAAUGAUGAUCUGAUGUCUCAGCUGAACGAACAGAAAAUAGUUAAAAAUUCUAAAGAAUUAUCUCUGGAGGCUGUAGUUGCAAGUUGUGCAGACCAGAUUAAGAAGUAUGAAGAAAAAAUAGAGGCAUAUGAGAUCAAGUUUUCUCAGCUUGAAACCAGUACAAGUGUAUGUCUCUCAGAAAAGUCUUUUGAAAAGAGAAGUAAUGUCGCCAACAAUGAAGAUGGUCUUAAAAUAUUACAAUUGGAGAGUGAUAUAAAAUUAUUAAGUCUGGAAAAUGAAGAUUUAAAAUCAAAACUUAAAGAAGAGAAGGAAAGAAAAAAUUCUAAUAUAAAAGCAUUUGAAACCCACAUUAAAAGUUGUACAGACCAGCUUCAGAAAUAUGAACAGACAAUUAAGGAUUGUGAAUCGAAGAUAACUUACCUUGAAACGAAAGGCAAAGAAAUGGUAUGCAGAUGUGAAGAACAUCUCAGUGAAAUCAAGAAUCUCCAGACUCAACUUGAAAUUCAUCAAAAUUGUGAAAAGAAAUUAGAGGAAGAGAAGCUGACUGUUGCCCAACUGCAAAAAGAACUUGAAAAUUUGAAAUCUUUGGAAACUACUGAGAUCAAAAUCAUGCCUUCAAUGGGAUCAGUUACCAGAGAGGUCAUAGAAUUACAAGAGUGUAAGGAUAUUCUCAAAACUUUCUCUGAGCUACAAAGAAAUCUGCAAAUGAAAUUUGAACACGAGAUGAAAGAUAAGCUGCAACAAAUAGAAGAGACAAUAUCAAAAGAACAUGAUAUUUUGAAUGUGAAAAGUCCAGAAAACCUUACAGAGGCUCAACUUCCAAAGGCAGGAGAACCUGAGGAAUGGCAGGAAUCAGAAGAUAUUUCUGCAAAAUCUCAGAAGGUACAACAAAAAGCAACAAAUGCUGAAGCAAAGGAUUUGCUAUCUCAGAAAAUAGUUAAACCAAAAGCUACUUCUAAGAAGGGAAAAGUUGAAAAAGAUCAAUCUUUAUACAUGCCCAUAAAAACUCAAAAUAAGAGAACGCAAAAUAUGGUAAAAACUGAAGUGAAGGAUUUAGAAUCACCAAAAACAGUUAAACCAAAUGUUGCCAGCACUUCUGAGAAGGUAUUGGAGGAAAAAGUCAAAAAAGAAGAUAAUUCUGAACGCACUCCCUUAAAACCCCAAAAUAGGAAGCCACAAAAACCUACAAAAACUGAAGUGAAGAAAAACAAAAAGAUAAAAGAUGAUGAAAAUGUAUAUUCUUCUAUUAAUCCUAAGGAUUCUCUUUUUGAAAACAUGAAAACUGCUGCGGAGAAUGUUAGUCCUAUUCCAAAGCAAGGGGGAAGGCAGUUGAGAACCCGGAGAAAAGUGUAAUAUUUACCAGCAAGAAAUUGUAUUGUCAGAAGUGUUCCUGACUGAUUUUGUGUUCCUUGAAACUGUGAUUUGGAGACUGUUUUAUUAUUCUGACUGACAAGGGUGAUAUUUUAUUAGUUUCUAAUGAUUUAAUUUAUACGAAAAAUUUCUCUUACAUUUUUUAUUAUUUUUUCUCAAAGAACGAAUAUUUUAUGCAUUAUUUUUACAUUAGAAACCAGUAUAUUUUAAUCACAUAUUUGUAAUUUUUUGCCUUCACGUUGUAACAAUGUUCAGUUGUAUUUUAUUAUGAAAUUAAGAAGUAGAUAUCAGCACAAAAAUGACAAUUCUGAUAAAUUUAAUAUUUAUGUGCCUG